UUUUAAUUAAUAAGAAAUUUGAGCACGCAUCUCAAAUAUAGUAUCCAUUUUGUACCAACAAAAAUACAAGUGUAUGGUUUGGCUAAAAUGCCCAAACCAAACGAACUGAGCGAAACAGAACCAUUUCCUGAGUCCUGCACUGUGCUAAUUCAGAUACACGGUGGUCUGCCACAAUGUUAGCCUCGCACUUUUAUGACAUCCCUGUCAACCCACGUUUCAGUUUUCACAAAGAACCCAGGAAAUCAAACUCAAAACAACUCUCUUUAUAUUACUUUAUUUAAGCCCUUAGCAAUUUCUCUGUCUCACAUACACAAAAUUACAAGCAAUGCCUUUCACGUAUCCAAUCACAUUAACCGCAUUUUCUUCAAUGGUUUGUGGCGUAUUUCUUCUUCUUUCUUCUUGUUGAUUACAUGAUUAGAUGAUGGCUGGCUGCUUCAACUCUUGGUCUUCAUCUUCCUCGUGUGGGUCUUCUUCUUUGGCUGCUCCACCAGCAGUGGGGUGCCCAAAGUCACCACCUGGAGGUUUAGAUUUGUUUGGGAAGAGAAGGCAGUUGGUCAGGGUUCAAAUCUUGGAAAGAGAGAUCGACUUGCUUCAGUCUUCCAUGUAUUUGCUGCUCAAGUGGAUGUCAACCUCAUUUAGAAAUGCCAACUUGCUGUGCCUGCAUCCACCGAGUAACUCCCACAAGAAUUCAAGCAGUUGCAUGGAGAAAAUGACUCGUCAAAGCAGUUGCAUGGAGAAAAUGACUCGUCAAAGCUGUUGCAAAUUUACCAGACUUUCAUGUCCACACUUGAGUUGCUGGCGUUUCAGUUCAUCCCUCUGUAAUUGUACAAAGGCGAAUCUUUGUUGUAGUUGCUCAAAAACCUUCAACAACUCAUGUUGCCUGUAA